AUGCGGCGCCGGGGGCGGCGGGGCCUGUUUUGCGCGCGCGCCGGCACUCCAGUCCCGCCCCUCCAGGGUCGCGCUCCCGGAAGUACGGCGGGGUCGCGCGCAGGAACCUCCGGAGUGGAAGGAGCUGGGCCCCGCCGCGGGGGGCUGCGUGCGGCCGUUCGUCUCACGGGGCUCGGCACGUGGCUGAGCGCCGGCUCAGGCGUCCUGGAGCCUCAGGCCUCCGUCGCCGAGGCGGUAUCAUCCCUGACCAUCGCCGAUGCCUUCACCGCGGCGGGCGAGAGCCCCGCCCCGCUGCCCUCCUCAUUCAAUAGGAGGUUCAUCUGUUCCUUCCCUGACUGCAGCGCCAAUUACAACAAGGCCUGGAAGCUAGACGCGCACCUAUGCAAGCACACGGGAGAGAGACCCUUUGUUUGUGACCAUGAAGGGUGCGGCAAAGCCUUCGUCCGGGACUACCACCUGAGCCGCCAUGCCCUGAUUCACACUGGGGAAAAGCCAUUUGUCUGUACAGCUAGUGGCUGUGACCAGAAAUUCAACACAAAAUCUAACUUGAAGAAACAUUUUGAACGCAAGCAUGAAAAUCAGCAAAAACAAUAUGUAUGCACUUUUGAAGGGUGUGACAAGGCCUUCAGGAAACACCAGCAGCUGAGGACCCAUCAGUGCCAGCACACCAAUGAACCGCUCUUCAGGUGUGCCCACGAGGGAUGUGGGAAGCACUUCGCCUCGCCCAGCAGGCUGAAGAGACACGGGAAGGUCCACGAGGGCUACCUGUGUCAGAAAGAAUGUUCUUUUGUGGCAAAGACAUGGACGGAGCUUCUAAAACACGUGCGGGAAAGCCAUAAAGAGGUCAUAAGAUGUGAAGUGUGCCAGAAAACAUUUAAACGCAAGGAUUACCUUAAGCAGCAUAUGAAAGUUCACGCCCCGGAGAGGGAGGUCUGCCGCUGUCCCAGGGAAGGCUGUGAUAGGACCUACACGACAGUCUUCAACCUCCAGAGCCACAUUCUCUCCUUUCAUGAGGAAAGGCGCCCGUUUACCUGUGAGCACGCGGGCUGCGGCAGAACGUUUGCAAUGAAGCAGAGUCUCACUAGGCACGCCGUGGUGCACGACCCCGACAGGAAGAAAACGAAGCUCAAAGUCAGACCAUCUCGCGAGAAACGGAGCUUGGCCUCUCGUCUCAGUGGAUAUAUUCCCCCUAAAAAGAAACAAGGACAGGGCUCAUCUUGGCCUACAAACGGAGAGUCCCUGGACUGUGCCGAUGCCACGGUGCUCUCAACAGCCCCAGUACUUACCCUCAACCGAGCACCAGACUGCUUUGUGUAAAGGACGACAGACCAGCCAGCUAGUUCUCUCCUCUCUGAGGCACAGUUUUAUUAAAAUCACGGAUGCACAACAUCGGA